CCAGCAAUCUGAUUGCAUAAAUUUUUAAAAGUUUUCACAAGUUAAUGUCCUAAAUAGGAGAUUCUGUUUAUUAUUUUUGUAUUUGUGCCUGAUUUUCCAUUAUAGCUGAACCUAACUUGUUUUCAUUCAUAUCGCAGCCCUGAAACGUUGCAUUUUGUGAUAAUCGUUUUCUAAACAUUGGUUACGAAUAGUAUUUAGUUUCUAUUCAACUUUGUCAACUUUUGCAAAAGUGAUUUUAAGCGACGAGGAAGAAUUGCCUGUGCUGCCAUCGAUAGUUUGCCAUCUCCAUUAAGAAUGCAGAACGUGAAAUUACAAGAGGAAAUCAAAUCAUUGAAGGGCCUUGGCCAGCACUUCGAAAAUCUAUUGAAACUGGCGAGCAUCGAGCUCGGCGAUUUCUCCGACGACGACCUAAUACUUCUUGAAAAAUGCGCCCAAUACUAUGCCCUUACCCAUAUCCACGAUAUUAAUAUUAACCUUCUGCGCGACUUUUACUACUCCACAAAAAAGGACUGUCUGGAAACCAAACGGACCAAGGCACAGCAACGUUUAGAGCUGCAACGCAUCAAGUCGUCCAUCGAGAAAGCGGCUGGGGACGUGGCCGUGUUGGAUCGUUUUAAAGCUGCUGCUAAGGACCGACUGAUCCCGGACACCGUCGUCUUGCAACGAAACAGUCAACAGCUUGCCAGCAAACAGGCCUUGUUGGACCGACAAAAAACUCUCAAGAUUCCAAAGGACUUCAACAUAGAAAGCGUUAUCGAGAAGGUGGAUUCGCUUGAGCGGCGUUAGUAAAUUCCUUUGAGUUGGUUUUUUAAAAAAUUAUUUAAUUGUAUUUACUCAGUAAUGCAAAAAACAUUUUACAAUAACAUAAAAUCUGCAAAUUUAAAAGACAA